AUGGAGAGUCUCAUCUCUGGAUUGAGUACUGCCAUUCAGACAGCACAGAACUAUUGGAGGGAUGGUCGGACUUCUGCACUAGCAGAGUUUGUCUGUGGAACUCAGAGGCUUGAGAGUUGGUUUAAGCAAUCAAGGCAACAUUCCCAGACUCCAUCACAGCCUAAAACUUGGAAGAAGUCGGAGGAGAUGGUGCUAUCUGAAAUAAGGCCUGUGAUAAAAAAGGUAGUAGUGAAGGUGGUCAGCCCUUCUGAGAAAUCAAAAGCCAAGGUUGUGCCGCAGCAGCAGCAUCCAUUGCACACUGUCAAUAACAUUCGUGGGGGGCCUGUAAGAUGUGAUAGUCCUAAAACAUUUAACGAGGCCAGGCUUUGUGUCCUGAAACCAUCUCGUGAAGUGAACAGUGUCUCUUCAACCACAAAGGAUAGUUUAAGUCCCACUAACAUAAGCAAAGUAGUGAUUAGUCCACAUGGCACUUCAUCGCCUUCUGGUUCUGUUCCCUUUAGGAGCUCAGGCAACAGCCCAAAAAAGGGUGCCGAACGCAGUUCUGGUCCUCUCCGUGCAACCAUUGAGAAGAGACCAACAUCUCAAGCUCAGAGCAGGAAUGAUUUUUUCAACCUCUUGAAGAAGAAAUCUUCUACAAACUCAACUUCUACUGUCCCAGAUUCUUCAUCCGUGUCAGAAAAAUCUGGUGAAAUUGUUACAGAAGAUGCUGGUGAAUCUGUUCCUCUUCAGGUUUCGGCGGAUUCUUCCCCAUUGUCAACCAACAAUAGUGGUGGAAUAACCCAAAAUGGUGAUGCUUAUGAUGGAUCUCAGGUACGUCUUGGCAAUGGAGAGAAACAUUUGAGCCCUGAUAUGGUCCUUGAUCCUGAUGAGGAAGAGGCUGCCUUUUUGCGAUCACUUGGUUGGGAGGAAAAUGCUGGUGAAGAUGAAGGCCUCACCGAGGAGGAGAUAAGCACUUUUGUUAAGGAGUACAUGAAAUUGAGACCGUCCUCGAAGCUUCUCCACGGAAUAUUGGCCAACCAUGCCAUUUAACCCGCAGGAUAGAUGCAGUGGCGGUGCUUUGACUCACUGAGAGGUUUUAUGAAUUGAAAGAAAGAAAAUUGUGGUUUGUUUUCUUGGUUCUUCGAUUUCUUUUAAAGAGGUACAAAGGUUUGCAGAAGAGGGGAUAGGAAUAGGUUUUGUUUUGGUGUUGAGGAUAAAUAGUAAUAGAAGAUGGGGUUUCUCUUCUGAGUUUUUUCUGUGAGGGGGCACAAUUACUGAAAAAGAAAAGAAGGUAGGUUUAGUUUUGUUUUGAUGUUUAUAUUUGGAAAAAUAAUGCCAUUAUUCUUUUAUAGACAAUUGAUUCCAUCACCCCAUUUAUGUUUAUUUUGUUUAGUAAAGGUUUUAAGAAUAUGAACGGUAUUCCUUUUCAUUACGAUAUUCUUGAUGGUUUUAAGAA